AUGAUCGCGCGACGGAUCUGGCGGAGCCAUCGGUAUCUCCGCCCAUUUAGCUCGUCCUCUGUUCGCGCUCCGCUCUUCCGGAUACCGGAGUAUAAUUCUCAGUCGUCUUCCUCUCCGGCGUCGCGCCCAUUCCUUGUUCAAUCUCUCUCUAUGAAACAAGUUGGGUCCCAUUUUUGGGGAAGCAGAAGCUGGUAUUCGAACGAAGCCAUGGCCAUAGAUUCAAAUUCAGGUUUAAUAGAUGUGCCACUAGCACAAACUGGGGAAGGUAUUGCUGAAUGUGAGCUUCUCAAGUGGUUUGUCAAAGAGGGAGAUCCUGUGGAAGAGUUUCAGCCACUGUGUGAAGUCCAGAGCGAUAAAGCAACAAUAGAGAUAACAAGCCGCUUCAAGGGGAAAGUAGCUCUGCUUUCACAUGCUCCAGGUGACAUUAUCAAGGUUGGGGAGACUCUGGUUAGGCUGGCUGUUGAAGACGCCGAGGAGGACGCUCUUCUAGUAACAUCUGUUAGUCCAACAGGAAAUGUAAACCCUAGCGGUUCGGAGCCAAAAGCAGAGAAUCUUGUUGGAGCUCUCUCAACGCCUGCUGUUCGUAACCUUGCAAAAGACCUUGGCAUUGACAUCAAUAUCGUUAUCGGAAGUGGUAAAGAUGGCAGAGUUUUGAAAGAGGACGUUCUUCGAUUCGGUGGCCAGAAAGGAAAUGUGGGAGGAGACUCCAUUUCCACUAUAAACAGUAACUUUGAAGAUCAAACAAUUCCUCUAAGGGGAUUCAACAGAGCGAUGGUGAAGACAAUGACCAUGGCUACAAAAGUACCGCAUUUUCAUUUCGUUGAAGAGAUAAACUGCGACGCACUUGUGGAGCUCAAACACUUCUUUAAAGAGAACAAUACAGAUUCCACCGUCAAACACACUUUCCUUCCUACUUUGAUCAAGUCUCUCUCAAUGGCUCUCACCAAAUAUCCCUUCGUCAAUAGUUGCUUCAACGAGGACUCUCUAGAGAUCAUCCUCAAAGGUUCACAUAACAUUGGAGUUGCAAUGGCUACUGAACAUGGGCUUGUGGUUCCUAAUAUAAAGAAUGUUCAGUCGUUAUCUUUAUUAGAGAUAACCAAAGAGCUGUCACGGUUACAGCAUUUGGCAACGAACAACAAACUUAGCCCUGAGGAUGUGACCGGUGGAACCAUAACUCUGAGUAACAUUGGAGCGAUCGGUGGGAAAUUCGGGUCACCUCUUCUAAACUUACCAGAAGUUGCUAUCAUCGCUCUUGGAAGAAUCGAGAAAGUUCCUAAAUUCUCUCAAGACGGAACUGUUUAUCCUGCAUCGAUGAUGAUGAUCAACAUUGCUGCGGAUCAUAGAGUUUUAGAUGGAGCAACGGUAGCUAGGUUUUGCUGCCAGUGGAAACAGUAUAUUGAGAAACCGGAGUUGCUAAUGCUUCAAAUGAGAUAA